AUGCUGAAAAGAUUAUUUUCUUCAGUACCUUCGAUAUUAAAACUAGAAGAAGUAGUUAAUCUCUCAGCUCUCGAAAAAGAAACCCCAGAAUCAAUUACUUCACUCUGAAAUAACUACCAUCAAAAAGCACCUGACAUGGUUUCUGCUGUGAUUUCUUCAGGCGAUCUUGAAAAACUUAACUCCAGAGUCACUGAAAGCUCAAUCUUCCUUUUCCCAAUAAGACGGAAAAAUGAGCACUUCUUGAUGAUUUCGCAAUCUGUGCAGAGAUUGGCUGUGUUCUCAAAUUUUGAUGAAUUUGAAAAAAACCCUGAAGAAUGCAAGUCAAAUCUGAUGAUAACUUUUUUUGAUGAGCUGGAAAAAUCGAAAGGUAUUGUUCCUGUGAAAGGAGAUAUGAUGGAUGAUUAUCUUACUCCCUGUAGUUAGUAAACCAUUGGAAAAUUCUAAAAAAUCGAUGAGUGAGCAAAAUCUUUUAGAAUAAAUAUGCGGAUAUAUAAGUGAUAAUUAUUAUAAUUAAAUCUCUUAGCUCAUCCGCCGUUAUCGAUCGUCAUUGAUGAAAUUUAACUUCUAUAAUUGAAUUGAUGACUUCUAGAUCUCAAAUUAGAAUCAUCAUCAUUUUUAGAUAAACAUUCAUAAGAUUUUGAAAUUGACUAAAUAAAAUAUCAUCUGUGAGCAAGAAAAAUAAAAUGCUUGCUCUCGGAGAGGAUGAGUUAGUAAGCCUGAAUGUGAAAUGCUAUUAAAGAGCUACUUAGACUAUUACCUUCUUGAUCAUCUUUAUCAUGCUCAUAUAUAUAAGUUCAACUCAGAUCCAGAAACUUUUAACCAUUCGGAAUACAUCAACAGCUUUUUCUCUAGGUUUAAUAAAGAAUAA